CCAACGAAACGCACGGUGCGGCAGACACGUUAAGUCUAAAACCGACCACUUGGCGGCUCUCGGGACCACGAGCGAAGCACAAGUGCUGCUACAAAUGGUGAAGCAGCCUCUGACACGGCGUGUCGGGAGCAGUCAAGCUGGCCACACGCCCGGCAGCCGCCUGCACCUGCAGAUACUGUUCCAGGCCACAGCGCCGGAGCACAAGCGCCACGGGCUGGGGCGGCUGCUGACGCGCUGCGUCCUGUCGCGCGCGGUGGGCGCCGGACACGAGUACGCGACGGUGGUGGUGGGCGGCCGCGACGUGGAGGGCUACUGGGCCAAGAUGGGCUUCAGGCGGCCGGCGGGGGCGGGGCAGGACACGUACGAGGCGAGGCAGGUGCUGUCGCACAGCGCCAUUCACGCAAUGAACGCGCCCGUCUGGAUCGCCUACUUGGCUGCUGAGGCGGCGGCGGCGGCAGAGGCGGCAGCCAAAGCAGCGGACACGGACACGGACGCGGUGGCGGUGGCAGCUCGCGCCCCGCUUGGGGAGGACGUGGAGGGCGCCAACGGCGGUGGCGAUGACAGGGAGGCGGGAGAGCCGCGGGCGGUGCCGGAAGAGCCAGCGGCGGCGGCGGCUAACACUCUUGGCGACGGCGAGGCUGGGGGUGGGGCCGAGGGCGGGUGCCGGGCGGCCACGCCCAACCCAACGCCGCCUGCGCAACAGCCGCCAGCAACAAUCGACUUGUAUGCUAAGCCGCCGAGGCAGGUUGCGGAGCAGCACGCGGCGGCGCUGCUGGACACGGCGGCGGCGCGCGUCACGGCGGCCUACGCCGAAGCGCUCGCGCGCGGCGAAACUUUCACCCCGCAGUCGCGCCGCGCCGCCGCAGCCGCAGCCGCCGCGGCAUCUGGUGGCUGGGGUGGUGGCGACUGGCCGGGCGGUGCGCCCUCGACACCGGGCAUGGACGGCGAUGGCACGGGCGAAGGCGGCGAGGGCGGGCUCGCCUACGGCCGCGCUGUGACGCCAGGGCCGGGAAGGACGCCGCUGCUGCUGGCGCGGCGGGGAAGCUGGCACGGCCGUGGGGGCCGGCGAGGAGGCAGGGCCCGUGCCGGCUCGCGUUCAGCGGCGUGGGCUGGCAGCCGCACGUCAGGCGCAGACAGCGAGGAGGCCUCGGGGCAGAUGGAUGGGGAGGAGGAGGAAGAGGAGGAGAAGGCAUCAGAUGAGGUGGUUGAGGAGGAGGGCAACCUGGAGGCGGGCACGUCGGGCAGUGGGGGAGACGGCGGAGAGGCGGAGCGCUCGCGUGGGGCUGCGGGCCCAGGGGCGGCGCCAGGGCGGCAGUACGACGGCGCCGGGCGGCGGGACACGGGCGGCGCCGGGCCGGGACCCUCCAGCGAAGCAGCCGCUGCCACUGCCGCGGGGUCGACUCGAGGCCGGGGCCGGGGCCGGGGCCGCGGUAGGGCCGCUGUCGAGGCGGCGCGUGAGGAUGGCUCACCUGCAGCGGCAAGCUCCGAGGGCAAGGGCAGGAAGGCGGGCGGCCGGGGCAGGCGGCUGGCUCUUGGCGGAGACGUUUCGGGCGCCAGUGGCGGCGAAGGACCGGAGUCUCUGCCACCUGUUUUGCCCACCUCAGAGGCCAAGGGCACGACCAAGGCCGCGCUCGCCAAGGCGAUUGCGCGCAAGGCGCAGCAGCAGGCGGCACACGCGGCGUCAGAGGGGACGGCGCCGGCGUCGCCGCUGAAGAAGCGGAAGGUUUUGCUGGCAGCUGAGGCGGAGGUGCAGCCUGAGGUGGACGUCGCAGCGAACGGAGAGGCACACGGGGAGCGGGAGGGGGCAAGAGCGGGGCCGGCCUCGGGCGUGGUGGGUCAGGCCAACGGCGGCGGCAAGCUGCCGACCAAGAAGGGCAUCAAGCGCGCCAAAGCAGCCGCUGGCACGAGGGGGGCUGUGCCCAAACCCAAGAGCAAAGCACCCAAGGCGAACGGCGACGUGGCCUCUGUCACUGCAGUCGCGGCUGGUGCGGCCAGUGGGCCAUCUGGGCGUGCGGACGGCUCCAGAGCCGGGCGGCGGCUGACACCGGCGGAGCAUGCGGACAUGCCGGAGCCGCCGCCGGACCGCAAGACGGCCUCGCUGCACGACCUAGCUUGGCAAGCGGAGACGGUGAAAGGAGGCGGCAGCAGCAGGCGGGGCAAGCGCGGCGGUGGCGGUGGCGGCGCUGCAACGAAGCCUGCGGUCGCGGCCGCAAAUGACCACUGGCGGGAGGAAGACGAGGGUGACGAGGAGGGGGAGGAGCGGCGGCGGCAGCAAGAGGAGGAGGAGCUGCAGGAUGAGGACGCCGAGGUUGUCACGGACGAGGAGGAGGAGGAGGAGGAGGAGGAAGAGGAGCAGGGCUGGGGCUCCCAUCGCCGCGGCCGGCGGAGAAAGGCCGCCGUGAAGGCGGCCAACCGGCGGGCGGGCUCGGAGGCGAGGCGCGCGAGGGGCACUAGCAGCAGGCGGCUCCGGCGCACCCUUUCGUCCUCGUCAUCGGAUGAGGACUGGUCGCCAUCCGCGGCGGCGCGAUCCGACUCGGAAGCUGGGCCCGCCCGGGCCCGUGAGCGUGAGCGCGAGCGUGGGCGCCGGCGGGACCCUAGCCGCGAACGCGAGCGAGGCCGUUACCAGGUUGCGGAGCAGCAGGGGCACGACAGUGGGUCCGGCAUGGAGCUAGAUGAUGAUGGAGACGAUGGCUCGCAGGACAGGGGAGCGGGCCGCACCCGCGUUGCGAACGGCAGCAGCGGCGGCGCCGGCCGGCCACAACGCUGGGGCCCGCCCGCGCCGCAGCAACAGCAGCAGCAGCAACCGGUGCCAAUGCAGCCCCAGCAGCAGCAGGCGCCGCCGCCGAAGCCGCGCGGGCGGCUGCCGCCGGGUGUGCUCACGGGUCCGCGGCCGGUGCUGCCGCCCACGCUGUCGCCGCUGGAGCUGCUGCCUGUGGCGGCGGCGCUGCCUCGGGCGCCGGCUGCCGCGGGGUCCGGCGCGGCGGGUUCCUCUGCGACGGCACGUGAGGCACCGGGGCCCUCAGCCCUGCCGCCUGCCUUCGAGCGCGCGUGGAGGCCAGCAGUGGAGCAGGUCUGGUCGGCGGCGCAGCACGUGCUGCAGUCGCUGAACGCGCAGCUGCAGCUGCUGGGGCGCAUUGCCGCCCACACCGCCGCCCGCCGCGCCGCCGGCCUGGGCGCCAUCACCGCCACCUCGGCGGCGCUGGCGGCGCUGCUGCGGGAGGGCGGCGAGCUGGAGGGCGCCCUGGCGGACGGCGUACCGUACCUGCUGCAGGGCGUCACCGAGAGGCUGGGGGACCUGUUGGAUGGGCUGGAUGACGACGACGGCGGCGGCGGCGGCUCGCUGCCGCAGCCGCCGCCCGCUCCGGCGCAGCCGCCGGCGGCGGCCAGCGGGGCUGUGCAGCAGCAGGCCGGGCAGGUGCCGCGGCCGGCACCGCCGCCAGGGCCGCCGCCGCCAGGGCCGCCGCCGGCAGGGCACGGCCACGCCCCCAGCUAUGUGUGGACGGGUCCCGCCUCAGGGGAGGCACCUGGGCAGCCCGCGGCACAAGCUGCAUAUGCGCCGCACGGCGGCCCCUUGCUCAGCUCCAGCACCAGCGUCCAAGGCAUCGGCCCAAGCGCGGCCGGGGAUUACCAGCAGCAGCACCAGCACCACCAAAACUGCCAGCAGCAACAUCAGUACCAGAAUCAACACCACCACCAGCACCACCAGCACUACCAUGCACCGUUGCCGCGGGCCCCAUAUGGCCUGGCUGCGGGGCUGUGGGCAGGCAGCGCCCCCCCGCACGCCCAGUCCGCCACCGCGCCGCGGGCGCCGCUGCCAGCGGACCCCCCCGGCCCCCCGGCGCUUGCUGCGCCCCAACGCCCCGACGGCACGGCUGCUGCCGCCGCCUGGCCAAACGGAGCUGCCACCGCGCCCGCUGCUGCGCCGCCGUCAGCUCUGCCGUCAGCAAGCGCCGCUGCUCCUGGGCCUCCGCCUCAGGCCGCUCAGGCGCAGGAGCCGCAGCAGCAACACAACCAAGCAGCAGCCGCAAGCGUUGCUGCGGGUGCGGGUGCGGGUGUGGUUGAGGAGGCAGGCACGGCUGGGCACCAGGGCAAGGAGGCGUCGGCCCACAGUGGCGAUCAGCUGGGUCAGGACCUUGACCGGCUCGAGCUGCAGCCGCUGCCAGGGCGGGACAGCGAUGGAGGCCGGGGCGGAGGCCUGCCCGGCCACAAGGGCUGGCACAACCCGGGGCCGCGGACCGUGGAGGACGGCCGUGCAUCGCUCCGGCCGGGAGUACCGCGGCUGUGUGGGGCGGAGCGGGAGGAGGGCCGGGGCCAGCAGCACGCCGGGGAUGGCAGCAGCGAUCAUCCAGGCUGGGGCCGCCACCGAGGGUUGCAGCGGGACCCUCUGGAUGAGAGGGACCGGGAGGUGCUGCGGUGGGAGCAGGAGCGGCGGCGGCAGCAGGCGGCGGACGCGGCGGGGGAGCGGGAGGAAGCCUGGCGGCUGCGGCCCCGGGAGUGGGAGCGGGAGCGGCGGCCGGAGGACGACAGGGACUGGCAGGCGAGCUACCGCCAGCCGCCCCUGCGUGGCCAGCGGGGGUUGGAAGGCCCAGAGCAGCGGCAGCGGGAUCAGGGCCUGCGACAGGAGCCGCAACACCAGGCGCAGCGGCGGCAGCUGGCAGGGCCGCACGGUGGCGUGGACUCGCGACACGGCGAGUGGGGCGGCGGAAGAGGCAGUAAUGGCAUGGACCGGCAGCCCGCGCGCCGACGGAGCCGCAGCCGCAGCCACAGCGCCAGUCCCGUUCGCGGUCGCGGUUGCGAUCGCAGCAAGAGCCGCCCGCCCAGCCGCAGCGCCAGCCGCAGCAGGAGCCGACCGCGCGACGGACGGGAUGGGGGCGGCUGGCGGCGGCCUCCGCCGCGGCAGCAGCGGGGCGCGUCACGCUCUCCGCCGCCGCCGCCGCAGCGCCAACCUACGCCUGAGCCCGAAGAGCGGCCGGCCUGGCGCCAGCUGCUGCGGGAUGUGGUGCCGGCGCGGCAAGAGCGGGAGCGGGGCCCGGGCUGGGCUCGCGAGCGUGUGGAGAGGUACGGGGAGCAGCGGGCGGUGCGCUGGCGCGGUGAAUCCGCUGACGGGGAGAGGCCAUGGUGCCGCGACCGCGACUGGGUCACGGACCGUCACAGGGGCGGGGAGCGUGGCGGAGGCGGGGCUGCGGGCGGCGUCAGCCCGCGCGGCUUUGCACUCCGCCGCCCUGUGGCGCUGGCACCUGGAGCGGGCGGCGGCUCUAACCGGGCGGCAACAGAAGUGGCGGCUGCGGUUGCGGCUGGGGAGGAGGCCGGUCGGGGGGAUGCGCCACCGCGCUCGCCGCGAGGUACGGCCGGGCCAGGCGGCGGCAUGACUUCAGCAGCAGCAGCAGCUAACGAGACGGAUGCGAAGGGGCGUGCGGCUGGGGAGCUGGAGCAGGAUACGGUGCUGCAGGGCGGGCAGCAGCCGGCGCCCGCUCGCGCUGAGGUCAGCGCCGAGCAGGCUGCUGACAGGGCCAGCGGCAGGCCGGAUGGCGCGGCGCCGCGGGGGCAGCCGGGCGCUGCGGGUGUAGAUGCGGGCACAGCCGCGGAAGGCGCCACUGCUGCGGGUGCAAGAGACGCUGCCCACACCCACGGUAGGGCUGCAGGUGGUGCGGCCGCGCGAGGCCCACGGCUGGCAGAGGAUGCAGCACCUCAGCCGCCAUCGCAGCCCGAGUCAGCGGCUGCGGAGCUAGCGGACGAACGCAGCUGGCGCCAGCGGUCUGAAGGCGGCGACGCUGCAGCGGCGCGUGUGGCCGACUCGCCGCGUGGGCGGCUCUCCCCUCAGCAGCCCUGGCAGUCACAAGCGCGCCGGCGCAGCGACGGUGGCGAGGGCGCGCGCGCCGGUGACUGCCGCGGCCAGGGCGGGCGGGGCGAGGAGGCGGCCUGGGAGCGGAGUCGGCUGCCGCACCGGCCAUCUGUGGCCGUGGCCCGCAGGGCCCCGGGCUCACCGGAGGAAGGCAGGGCGUCGCGAGACGGCGCCGCCAGCCCGGCAGCGCUGGCAGAGCAGCCGGCCAAGCCGGGCGCUGAGGAAACGGAGCCGCGCAAGCCCAUCGUGUGGGAGAUGCCUAAGCGACGUGAGCGCCUGCCGCCCAGACCCGGCGCGGACGACAGCUCGGAGUGGGCUAGGGGCCGAGGCGCCCAGGACCGCGGUGGUGACGGCCACGAUGGCGGCGGCGGUGGCGGUGGCUGCUUGGAUCGGGAGCGGCAGCGCAGCUUGCUUGGGGCUGGGGGCCAGGGAGCCAGAGGAGCAGGAGAUGGCAGUGGCCGUGGCGGUGGCCCUAGUGGCGAUGACAGGGGGCAGUGGCAGACCGGCGGUCGUCGUCCGGCACUGCCGCCGCCCGGCAGCCCUGGCCGCCGUCAGUUCGAUCGCCAGGAGAGGCGGGGCAGCGAAGGCGGCGGCGCCGCUGGUGACAGCGGCACACGGUCGCCGCUGCGUGGUGGCACGCGCUCCCCGACGCCCGGCCAGCGACAGCAACAGCGCGACUCGUGCCUGCCUCCGGCAGCUGCGGCUGCAGCUGUCUCCGAUGACGGCCGCGGCGAUGGUGCCAGGCGCUUGGGUGCCGCGCAGCAAAGCGGCGAUGCCGGCGCCAGCCCGAGCACCUCCACGCGGGCUGCUGCCCCCGGCGCCACGCCCCGGAGAGCCGGCGCCUCGCCGAGCCGUAGCGCUGACGGCAGCCGCCACCGAAGCGGUGUGGCCGCCGAUCACGCGGUGUCUGCUCCCACAGGUGAGGCCGGUCGUGGCAGUUCGCCCGACCGCAUGAGGCCGCCGCAGCCGCAGCCGCGACAGCCUCAUGACACCACGGAGCCCGUCCGGGGCAGGGGCACCCCUGGGAGCCCGGGCGCUGGGUUGGGAGGCAAGGGCCGCGGCGCAAGCGAACCAUGCUGGUCGCGCGCGCAGGAGUGGGCCGGCCGGGAGCGCCCGGGCCUGGACGGGGCUGUCGGUCGGGCGGGGCAGCGUGCUGACGAUGACAGGGGCAGACCGGCCGGCCGCACUGACAGCCCGGACCCAGAGGCCCCGCGCGAGCGGGAGCGGGAGCAGGGGCGCGAGCGGGAGCGGGAGCAAGGCCGGAGCCAGGACCGCAGCACCAGGGAAGAGGGAGGAAGCAACGGCGGUGGCAGAGACGCCAGUGCGUCUGCCAACCGCGACGCCCGGACUGCGGGUCCUAGUCAGCGCCACGAUGCGGAGGCCAGCCGGCCUGAGCCCGACGGCAGCAGCGGCAAGGAGCGCAGGAGCCACGACCACUCGGAGCCCAGCAGGGAGGGACCUCGGACACGCACAAACGCGACAGAGGGCAGUCGUAGCGGUGGCGGCCGCGUGCUUGAGGGCGGUCGCGCUGCACGCAGCGACGUUGGCGGGGUCGACCGCCGCGGGGUGGAUGCACCCGGUGCCACCAAGGCUGCAGGUGCAGCCUCAGUCAAGGAUGCCGGGCCGGGGGAUGGCGUCAAGCCGUCACUGCCAUUUCCACCGCCGCCAUUGGCAGGAGCGCAGGAGAGGCAGCAGCCGCAGCCUCAAGGUGGCGUUCCCCAGGGCCCGCGGGGCCGUGGCGAAGAUGAAGCACCGUCGUUGGGAGUGAAGGACGAGCGCCACAGCCAGGCGCGCGCGGGAGCAGAUGCGGCUGCUACUGAUACGGCGACUGAGGCUGCUGCUACUGCCGCUGCGGCUGGCUCUCGUGAUGGCGAUGGAGCUGCAAAAGGUGCUGGCGCUGAGCAAGAUAAGGGCGGCGACGAUGCGGCUGCUGAGGCGAUUGCUGGGCAACGCCGCUCUGACGAAGAGCGCGGGGCGGCCUUUCCUCAGCCACGCCGGCCGCGGCUGACUCAGCAGCGCGAGCCGCAUUGUGACGGGGACAGGCACCGGGACCGGGACAGGGACAGACACCGGGACGGGGACAGACACCGGGACGGGGACAGACACCGGGACGGGGACAGGGACAGGGACAGGGACGGGGAUAGGGAUCGGGAGCAGCCCCGGCGGGGUGCGGGUGCCGACGGGCCGGUCAGCCCUGCGCGAGACGGCCCUGCGCGAGACGGCGGCGGCCGCCGGCCGUGGCCUGAAGACCAGCAGCAGCAGCAGCAGCAGCGGCCACCACCUUUCGGCCACGGCGAGCGCGACGGCGACCGCAGCUGGCGGGACCGGCCGCGGCCAGACUCCCAGUCCAGACCCAUGCCGCCAUCCUCACACUACGAAGACCGCGGCCGCGGCUGUGACCGUGAUCUGGAUGGAGGUCGUGGCGGUGGCGGCUGGGGCGCUGGCGAGUGGGAGCGCGAGCGAGACUGGGGUGGCGGAUUUGACAGGGAGCGGGACCGGGAGCGGGAGGGCUGGCCGCCUGAGCCGCAUUCCGGAGGGCGCGGGCGUGGGUGGGGCGACGGGGCCUGGUAUGGCCCGCCAGGUCCCGGCGACUCCGGCCGCGGCCGCGGCCGUGGGUGGGGCCGUGGGCGUGAGGACUUGCGCGGCCGGGGCCCCGAAAGCCGGGACCAACGGCUGCCGCCUCCGCCGUACGGCGCUCCCCAUGGCCCUUACGACGAGCCGCGUCGAUCGCCACCGCGCCGCGGCGACGGCGGGCCGCAGCAGUGGGAGCCGCGCGGCAGCAGCGACCGCCGGCUGCCACCGAGCCGUGAUGACGACCAUGGUGGUGGCGGCGGCCCUGGUUGGCGCCACGGCCACCACCCCCAAGACGGCUGGCCGCCGCCGCGCGGCCCGCCCCCGCCUCACCAGCACUGGGGCGAUGGCUACCGUGGUGGCGGCGGCGGCCGCAGCCGCUCACCGUCGCCGCAACGGCGGCUCGCUGGGGAUGCGGGCCCAAGCUGGGGCCACCCCCCGGGGGGUCCUACUGAAUUGCAGCCUGACGGGGCCUGGGACGGUCGGGCGCCGCGGCCGGGCGAGCCCCACGGCGAGCGCCUGCAUCCGGGGCAGCGGCCGGACCGCGGUGCGGCGCAACAGGCGGAGCAGCAGCCUGUCGCCGGCGAUGCUGGCAGUGGCGGUGGCGGUUGUGGGGGCGGUGGCGGUGGCGGGGGUGGCAUGCGUCAUGGAGAUGCCCAGCAGGUGAAUGGCGGUAGCGGCCCGUAUGACCCCCUGACACCCAUGGAGCAGCAGCAGCAGCAGCAGCAGCAGCCGCUCACACUAGGGCACCAGCAGGCUCAGAUCAUCACCAUUGCCAUACCCGCCGCCGACUGGUUGGCAGUGACCGGCCCCGCUACCACCGCUGCCGCGGGCGCCACUGGCGGGGGUGUGCCAGGCAUGGGCCACUUGCCCCUGGUCAUAACCACGACUGGCGGCAGCAGCUGGCAGGCGCCGCCGCCCGCACCGCAGGAUUUUCUGCAGGGGCCACCGCCGCAUGCGGCGUGGCAGCCGCACCCGCACCUGCAACAGCAACAGCAGCUGAUGCAGGCGCUGCAGCAGGGCCAGCAGCCCCAGGCGCCCAUGCUGCAGCCCAUGCCGGGCGCGGCUCCAGACAUGGACCUGCGGGCGAGCGCGCCCUGGCACACACGCCAGGACGCGCCGCACGCGCCGGUGCAGGUGCUGCCGCCACCACCGCCGCAACAGCAACCGCAGCAGCAGCAAUACUCUCAUCAGCACGCGCAGCAGCAGUAGCCAGGUGCCGACUGAUGCUACAAAAACGAAUGGCUAAUGGAGCGGGGCGAGGUUUGUUUGAGGCACACAGGUGGCCAGUGAGCACAACGCUGCAUGUGGCGGCGGCGUCAGGCGUCAGCUGACGGCGCCCAGAGCCAAUGGAAGCCGGGCUUUGGCAUGCUGAGGUGCUGUGUACUUAUGUGGAGAUGUCGGCAGAUGCAUGCACACAACUAGUAGCAAAGAAGCAGACAAGUGGUGGUGCCGCUGGCACAACGUUUGCAUUGAUCCUUGAACAUUAUGGGGCCUCACCAAAGUGCCCUCCGAGCGGUGAUACCGGGUCUGAUGACAUGUGGGGGUGGGGGUGGGUGUAAGUAGUGUGGCUGGGCACUGCGUAUGCAUGUGUCUGUUUCCAGGGCGCGUGCCUGUGCUGGCGUUUGUAUGUGUGUUGGCGGUGAGGAGAACGAGCAUGUGCAUCCGUAUUUGUGCAUGCAUGGGACAACUGGAAGCUGAAUCGAGAUGGGUGAUUCUCCAUGUAUGCAUCGUUGUACAUGCCACUGUCCGCCACUGCGUGGCGUCGGGUGUGCCUGCAUCUUGGCCUACAACGGCGACGGCUGCGGAGGGGUGGCGAGCAUCCAGCUACAUGCGCUGUGCUACGCUUAACUAUAUGUUUGACCCUAGCCACCAAACGGCAUGCACGCAGCACGGCAUCAAGCCGCCUGUCGAGUACGUUCUUGGGAUUCCGGGGAUGUUAUGCCCAGUCCCAAGCCCAGUCCUGAAUGUGAUGUAAGACUGCUGCAAG